UGUACCCGCUCUUAGGCGACAAACCCGAAGCUGCUGCUAUUUAUUGUCGAAAGUUAAAGGUUAAUCAACUAAUUCCGGAAGGACCAAGUAAAAAUGGUCGACUCACUAAUGGUACUAAUACCACUAAUGGAAACAAUAACAACAACAGUACAAAUGGAAAUCUAUUUGACCAUGAAAAAGAUAAUCACUCGGCGAAUAAUCAAGCGAUAUCAAUUAAGAAAGGUACUCGUUACAUGGUUGUUGAUUGUGGCAGUGGAACUGUUGAUAUAACCGUUCAUGAGAUUCACGAUGACCUGCGGUCACUUAAAGAGCUGCAUCGAGCUACAGGUUGUCCAUUUGGUUCCACUGGAGUUGAUCGGGAAUUUGAAAAUCUCUUAGAAGAUAUUUUUGGCUCCAAAUUUUGUGAUGAUUUUCGUGUCAAAUUGCCGUCCGGUUACGUUACCCUAAUGACCACUUUCGAGGGUCGAAAACGAGCUGCCAAUACUGUUUCGUCAACGCCUUACAACAUUGUACUUCCUUUUUCGUUUAUCCAAUCAGUUCGUAAAUGGAAAGGUUCAACUGUUGAUUCGAUGGUUAAAAAAUAUGGUUCAUCAGAUGUUUCCUUUGACCCUCGAUUGGGUAUAUUACGUAUUUCCGCUUCCAUGAUGCGUAAACUUUUUGAACCAACUUGCGAAAAAAUUGUUUCGCAGAUCAAUUCAAUCAUUGAAUCUAAAAACUGUUGUUCCAGUGUUUGUGACGGUACCAAUUUGGGUUACCUAUUUUUGGUCGGUGGUUUCGCCGAGAGUCAAUUACUUCAGAGUUACAUUAGAUCAGCAUUUUCUUCCCGUCUUCGAGUCAUCAUACCUCAAGGUGUUAGCUCUUCUAUCCUUCGAGGAGCCGUUCUAUUUGGCCUUGAUCCUUCCAUUAUUUCGGUCCGUCGAUCAAAAAUGACCUAUGGUAUUGGUAUUCUAAACCGUUUCAUUCACGGUUAUCAUCCCCUCUCCAAACUGGUUGUUCGAGAUGGUGUUGAAUGGCGUUCAGAUAUUUUCGAUAAAUUUGUUCUCACCGAUCAGUCCAUUGCCACGGGCGAUUUGGUCACUCGAAGUUACACUCCAGCCAAAAAUGGACAAAAGUUCAGUGUACUUAACAUUUAUUGUUCCGAACGAGAUGAUGUUAGAUUUAUAACCGAUGAAGGGGUAACUCGAUGUGGUACCUUGGUACUUGAUCUUGACGAUUUACAUGAUUACCAUGAUAUAAGUGAUUCUAAUUGUAAAAAGUUAGAAAAUAAUUUAAAUCAUAAUUUCAAAAGGCCCAUCAAAAAAUUGAACACCAAUCAAGUGACAAUACCAACGACAACAAUAAGUUCACCUACAACGAUUGAUCUUGUGUCGUUUUCUCAAAUAUGAACUUUAGGUCAUUCACCUUCGAAAUGAAAACAUACCGUGAGGACAUUGUUAAGAGGCUAACUGAACAAAAACUUGCCUUAACCAAAUGUUCUUUUCAUAACAAGUAUUGACGUGAAUAUUUCAAGCUUCCAUGAUAUGUUAUUCAAAAGUUAUAGCUUAGCGAAGUUUGUGAGGCCACUACCGAUUCCUCGUAAACCACUGUUGCAAAUCGUUCUAAAACACGUAGGCUUAUAGUUGAUACAUAGACAAUUAUUUUUGGCUAGUGAAAAAGGUUCUUUUCAAUGACCGCACGGUAUGUUUUCAUUUCGAAGUUAAAUGACCUCAAGAUCAUAUUUGAGGAUCCAACUCGUGAAACCACUUUUCCUGUUGUUAAUCAAAAUAAUACUAUAUGAACUAUAUCUGAACAAAGUUUCAUAUCUGUAUCUAUCACCGUUCUUAAGAUAUUAUCGAAAUACAAUUUACGUUGCGACGUCAAUUGUGGCAGAGCGGGACAUUUUUGAAAAGUUUUGAUUGCACAAAACAUUGUUUAUUGAUGUUCUUAAUCAUAAUCGUAACCUUAUUUUAAGUUUUAUGAAAGUUGAUUUUGGGUGAUACAUACCCCUUAUUGUGACAGCAACCAGGAAGAAGAGUCAGAGCAGAAAUUGAUUUAAUAAGUUUGAUUGCAAAUCUUAAAUAGCUUUUUAUUGAUUAAACCGAAUCAACUUGAAAUAUCGAAAUAAACAAAUAGCUUUUGCACAUUAUUUGUUUCCUUCCAAUUAACUCACGUUGCAUUUGGACGUCAAAUCAAUCUUUAGGUACAGUGAAGAUGGACCUUUACCAGUGAUAUUUGUCAUGAUCUGGGAGAUUUGAAAAGAAAAGUCGAGCAAUUAGUAAAUACUCGAUUGUUAUCUUCUACUUCGACGCUAUGUAACCGUAAGCUCAGUUUAUCUACUUUCAGCUGACUUUUUCUGCUCAAAAUUCGCAGAUUUUCAGGAAAAUGAUUCAUUAGGUUUCACACCUGAUGCACUUGAACCAUUUAGGUGUCCUAUCAUGAAAAUUAACUUCAUGUUUUCUCAAGUUUCUCUUGGCACUAAAAACUUUAUCACACCGAUCACAUUUGAAUACAGUUUCCAGAUUAUAUGAUCAAAUAUUUGCU